UAUCAUUCACACGCCUGCUUUAGUGGACACUUUGUUGAUCAAAGUUCUGCUGCCAAUCGGUUCACUGCACUUAUCGUAUUGAAUUUUCAGGGCGUCCUUUACAUCUAUCGCACGAACGUCACCACCUUCUAUCCCUCUGUCAACUGUUAUUCAAGAUGUACGCCCGGCCUAAGCUUUCGUUGAGCAUCUCUGCGGCGCAAAAUGCCUCUCGUUCGUCGUUUCCCCUCAAGUCGCCUGGUGCUGUUCCCCGAACGCCAAUCUCCCCGGCGAGUCCCAGUGCAAAGCGAUUCUCGACCUUACAGGUGCCGUCCUUCGGCUACAACAACUCCUGCACCUCCAAAAGCAUUCUCAAAAAACACUCCGCGCCAGGUGCCCCAAGUGCUUCAGACAAACGGAUUCAGUUCAAGGGCACUCCGACUGUUCAUUGUGUGACACCCAUUGAGAAUCCAGAGGAGUAUUAUGGCACCUACACCAAAUUGUCCAGGGAGGAACGACGCUGGGUCGUACGGGAUUGAACUGGACACGAUUCAAACUGGGCUUCCCGAGCUUCUAGACGAAUGGUACAGUGGUGAGCACCCCGACAAGAAAUGCUCACCAAGAAGGGUCAGGGCAAGAUCAAAGCUUUAACUUCGACCUUGCGCACAACUUGCCCAUACCCAACCCCGACACCGCCUUGACAUGCCGAUUUUGUAU